GUGGCCUGCGGUCUCCGGCCCGUAGCGCCGCUCUCGGUGGAGCGGACUGGUUGUGUGGAACCACGCGAAUCGCGGGCGCUUGCCGCCAGCCAGAGCUCAGCUUAGCGCCUCUGAGGCCGUCCGCCCCGAGCCUCCGCCAUGGACUUCGAGGACGAUUACACACACUCUGCUUGCAGGAAUACGUAUCAGGGCUUUAAUGGAAUGGAUCGUGAUUAUGGCCCUGGAUCUUAUGGAGGGAUGGAUCGUGACUAUGGCCAUGGAUCCUAUGGGGGUCAGAGAUCCAUGGAUUCCUACCUAAACCAGUCAUAUGGCAUGGACAAUCACAGUGGUGGUGGUGGGGGUAGCAGGUUUGGACCUUAUGAGUCUUACGACUCCAGGUCUUCUCUGGGUGGGCGAGAUCUGUACAGAUCUGGCUAUGGUUUUAAUGAACCCGAACAAAGCCGCUUCGGAGGUAGUUAUGGUGGUCGAUUUGAGAGCUCCUACCGGAAUAGCCUUGACUCUUUCGGAGGUAGAAACCAGGGCGGGUCUAGCUGGGAAGCACCUUACUCCCGUUCAAAAUUGAGGCCUGGGUUUAUGGAGGACAGAGGAAGAGAGAAUUACUCUUCCUACAGCAGUUUUUCUUCACCCCAUAUGAAGCCUGCACCUGUAGGCUCUCGGGGGAGAGGAACGCCUGCUUAUCCUGAAAGUACGUUUGGAAGCAGAAACUAUGAUGCUUUUGGAGGACCAUCAACAGGCAGAGGCCGAGGCCGAGGACAUAUGGGUGAUUUUGGAAAUAUUCAUAGACCCGGAAUUGUUGUUGACUAUCAAAACAAACCCACCAAUGUGACAGUUGCUGCUGCAAGAGGAAUAAAGAGAAAAAUGAUGCAGCCAUUUAAUAAGCCCGGUGGAACCUUUAUCAAGAAACCCAAGCUAGCCAAACCUAUGGAAAAGAUGAACCUCAGCAAAUCACCAACAAAAACUGAUCCUAAAAAUGAAGAGGAAGAAAAGCGACGGAUUGAGGCUCGGAGGGAGAAACAAAGACGCAGAAGAGAAAAAAACAGUGAAAAGUAUGGAGAUGGAUACAGAAUGGCUUUUACAUGUUCAUUUUGUAAAUUUCGAACGUUUGAAGAAAAAGAUAUUGAACUACAUCUGGAAAGUUCUGCACACCAGGAGACAUUAGAUCAUAUUCAGAAACAAACCAAAUUUGAUAAAGUAGUCAUGGAAUUUUUGCAUGAAUGUAUGGUAAAUAAAUUCAAGAAAACAUCUCUCCGUAAACAACAGGCAAAUAAUCAACCAGAAAUAGUCAAAAUAAUUGAAAAAGAUGUUAUGGAAGGUGUUACUGCAGAUGAUCACAUGAUGAAAGUGGAGACUGUUCACUGCAGUGCUUGCAGUGUGUAUAUUCCUGCUUUACAUAGUACAGUUCAGCAGCACUUAAAGUCUCCUGAUCAUAUUAAAGGGAAACAGGUUUAUAAGGAACAAAUAAAAAGAGAGAGUGUCUUGACUGCUACUAGCAUUUUAAAUAAUCCAAUAGUGAAGGCACGAUAUGAACGUUUUGUUAAGGGUGAGAAUCCUUUUGAAAUUCAAGAUCAUUCUCAGGAUCAACAAACAGAAGGAGACGAAGAAGAUGAAGAAAAGAUUGAUGAACCUGUUGAGGAAGAUGAAGAGGAGGAAGAAGUAGAGGAAGGGGGGGAAGCCGAGGAAGUGGAAGAAGCAGAGGAUGCAGGAGAAGUUGAAACAGUAGAGGGAGAGGGGGACAUAGAGGGAGUAGAAGAAGUCGGGGCAGUGGGGGAAGUCGGGGCAGUGGGGGGAGCUGAGCCAGUGGGGGACGUAGAGGGAGGGGAAGAAAUAGAGGGAAGGGGAGAAGUAGAGGGAGUAGAGGAAGAAGCAAAGGAAGAGCCUGUUGAUGUCCCCGUUGAGCAACCUGAAGAAAAUUAAAUAUAAGGCAUUAGAUUUAAAGAGAGCUUUAAAUUUCUGUACUAAUAUGGGAAAGGGUAAGAAUUUAAUAGCUUAAAAUAUGAGUUAAUAUUCAUGUUGCAUGCAUUCCACACAUUAAAAUUUGUUUUAUAUAAUUUCUAAAUGUUUGACAUUUGUUUAAUAAAAUGAAGGUAAGACUAUUUUAGUUUAGUUUUUAUAGCUCCAAACAGAUCUGAUAAAUUGUUUGUAUAAUUUUUAAGUUUAAAUUUUGUUACUUUAUUGCUGUUAAGGAUGACAGAUGUGUAUUGUUAGUGUAUCUAUUCUAAUCAUUUGAACUUAAAAGCUGCUCUUGGGAGUGAAUAUUCAAGUGUGCAUUAAUUUUUUGAAUACUUACCCUAGAAGAGAUACAUUGGGCAAGUAUUUUGUGCUCUGAUUGUGUAUUUUUUUACUGCAUUGGACAUUGAAUAGUAAUUUGGGUUAAGAUACGCUUAAAGGCUUUUGUGACCAUGUUUCCCUUUGUAGCAAUAAAAUGUUUUUUACAAAAACUUUCUCCCUGCAUUAGCAAUUUAAAUGAAAUAGUUCACCAAUUAAAUGAGUAUUUACAAAUCAA